CUAAGAUCGGUGGCUUUGACAUUUAUGUGUCUGGUUUCUCAGCAGAUAAUUAUUUUGCUGUUCUCUUGUCUAGAUCCUGUGCUAUGACCAUUAAGCUGCAAUGCUCAGAAGAUGAUCCAAAGUGAUAAUCAAAACCAGAUUCCUUCCGAUGAAAUAGUUAAAGAGCUGUGUACCUGUAAUGGACUGUCUUAUGACAGAAUUGACCUAGAGGGAUCUUCGGUGAGGAGCCUGGAGAUGUUUUUCUCUGGCUACCCCAGAAUAGUUGGCCUGUCACAUUUCCCCAAUUUAACGAGGCUGGUUCUCGUCAGACAAGCCAUCCAAGAGAUUUCUGACCUGCAGUACUGCCUGGUACUUAAAGAGCUAUGGGUGGCCGAAUGCUGCUUGACAAAGAUCGAUGGUUUGCAAAGAUGUGCUUUGCUGCAAAAGCUUUACCUCUAUUGCAACAUGAUUUCAACUAUUGAGAAUCUGGAGAAGCUAACAAAGCUGGAAGUUGUUUGGCUUAAUGGGAACCAGAUAUAUUCAAUGUUUGGUUCAGAAUGA